AUGAACCGAGGACACAGCACCCGUCCUUUCGCCCCCGCCCUCGCCCUUGCAUUCACCCUCGUCCUCGCCCUUGCCCUCGCCCUCGCCGUCUCCGCCACGGGCACUCUGCCAGCAGCUGCUACUGACCAGGCUACUGACCAGGCCUCCGACAGCGGUGACACACUUGACGAGCUGGAUGUUAUGGACAGUGGCAGGUACAUGACUGAUGAUGCUGGUGUCGAUAACCGUGAUGAGCUGUCGGAGGAAGACAUGGCCGCUAUCGAGGCUGAGUUUGCUGCCGCAGAGGCCUUGCUCAUUCGGGCCCAUCGCGGCGAACGAUGGCUGCUGGGAAAGGCAAAGAAGGGCUUUGAGGCCAUCGUGGCAAAGGCUAAUGCUCACGUGCCCUCGCUCUAUGCUCUGGGUGACAUUGCCCUUCGCUCUGGCCAUGCACUCGAGGCUCGCGAUCUGGCUCAAGCCAUUCUUGUUAACGAUCCCUUCCACAUCGAUGCCUAUCGCAUGUACGCCUACGCCUCGACGCCAUCACCCGACAAGGUCUUUGCCCUCUCUCGCUACCUCGACCUGCUCGGCGGUCGCGCAGAGGCCGAGCCUGACGCUGGUCACGACGCAGACGACCCGGUCGCCCGCUACGAUCUCGCUGCCACCCUCAUGGCCCUGGGUGACUUUGAGCAGGCGCUCGAAGGCUUUCGCGCUGUCUUUGAGGCCUCACCUGACAUCCUCAUGGCCAAGUGGUCCGAGGCCAUCGUCUCGCUUGCCCUCCACCAGCCCGACGACGCUGUCGACGCCCUCCACGAGCUCCUUGCCGUCGAUGCCCACCACGCCUACGCCCACGCGCUCCUUGGCAUCAUUGCCGAGCGCCACCCGGACGCCGUCGGCUCACUCGGCCUCCCGCGCUUCUCGCAGCGGCCGCACGCCGUCGACGCUGCCGACCUCGCCGCCUACACUGGCUUUGUCCCGCCACCCGGCUGGACGCCGCCAACACUGCCGUUCCCCACCACCCGCGCCGACAUGGACGCCUUUGUGGCCAACCAUGUCGCCACCCGCAAGCCGGCCAUCUUGGCCCUUCCCACCGUGUCCGACGGCUCGCCUGACUUUGCGCCGCUCGGCUGGAACUCGGCCACUGCAACCGAGCUAGACACCCACGCCAUGGCCGCCGCCCUCGGCAACACCACCGUCACUGUCCAGACCUCGGCGCUCAACGAGCCCAUCUCUGGUCUCGCUUCCAUCAUGGCUGCCAUGCCCAUGUCUGCCUACCUCGACAUGCUCACCGACUCGUCCGGCCGCCUCGACGAGCUCUUCUUCUACCUCAAUGUCCAACAGACCGGUCACGGCAAGUACUCGCCGCUUCUUGCGCCCUUUGAGGCCGACUUUCCCGUCCCGCCGCUCCUUGCCGAUGCCCUCGGUGCAGACGUCGCCUCGGUCAACGUCUGGGCCGCUUACGCCACCUCGCCGUCGGUUGUCUUCAACUCGUCGCUCCACAACGACGAGCGCGACAACAUGUACAUUCUCCUUCGCGGCCAAAAGGCGUUCCGCAUCCGCUACUCCCGCCCCAACACCCGCGCGGAGCCGCUCUUCCCGCACUUUGCUGCCGUCCGCAACCCGUACGACGUUGACACCAACCGCUUCCCGCGCGCCGCAAACCUCCAGCCGUCCAUCGCCAUCAACUUCUGGUGGACGUACAAGCCCAAGCCGUAA